AUGAAAAAGAUUAAUGAUAAUAAGAGUUCUGGCGGAAGAGUUGAAUUAGAAGUGAAUGAUGUUAAUGAGAAAUUAGCCGAAAAAGCAAACAAAAAUGAGCUUUUAGCUCUGAGUGAUAAAGUCAAGAACCACGUUCAUUAUAUAACUUCAGACGAACAGAUUAUAACGGACUACCAUGGAUAUUUAACACGAAGUGAUGAAGUGAAGACGGAAGACCCCAAUGAAAGAAGAUAUAAAUACAUUCGUGCUAAAGGUUAUGAUAUACGCUGUACUGUACAGUAUGACACGGGUAAAGCACCAGAAGCAUUUGGUUAUAACGAUGAAAUUUAUGCCUCUACUUUCUCUGUUAACGGUGUAUUAGUUGAACCAAGAUUUACUUUGAGAGUUAAGUCAAAAAUAACGUUUGAAGAUGCUAUUAAAAGUAAAGCUGACAAAGUUGAACUCGAAGCAAUGAACAAAGUUUUGAAAUCUCAUAAACACAACAUCUCCGAUAUAAAUGAACUUCAAGCUACAUUAGACAGUAAAGCCGACAAGAACCAUACACAUAAAUCCUUCACUACUGUUAGAGCAGACGACAUAAUAUUGAACUUUGACCUUGGUUCAAGUGCACCUUUAGAGAAUCCAAGCACUAGUGUAAAAGAUACACUAAACUCCUUAAAUAGUAAAUGUAUGAAUAUCGAAGAUCAUGUCAGAAACUUUGAAGCACAUGAACUACCAGCAAUGUUAGAUAAUAAAGCUGACAAGAACCAUACACAUAAAUCCUUCACUACUGUUAGAGCAGACGACAUAAUAUUGAACUUUGACCUUGGUUCAAGUGCACCUUUAGAGAAUCCAAGCACUAGUGUAAAAGACACGCUUAACAGUUUAGAUAAGAGUUGCAGGAAUAUCGAAGAUCAUGCCAGAAACUUUGAAGCAUAUGAACUACCAACAAUGUUAGAUAAGAAAGCUAACAAAGCAGAGCUUCAAACAUUAAAGACGGAAAUGCUUCAAACAUUAUAUCCUAUAGACUCUAUUUAUACGUCAAUGAACUCAACAAAUCCAGAAACAGUUCUGGGUUUUGGUACGUGGAAGCAGAUUGUAGAUAAAUUCCUCUAUUGUGCGAACUCUUCAAAGCAAACAGGCGGUUCGAAGAAAAUUAAAGAAGCAAACCUUCCACCGCACACUCAUGCAGGAACUACAAACACAACAGGUAAUCAUUCACAUUCAAUAACAAAAAGAGGUUAUACAAAUCUUGCAGCAGGUUCGGAUAGACAGGGAAUGAAUAGAUCUGAUAUUUCAAGCGACCCAGUAGAUUCAAGCACAGGUAUUUUCUGUGAAACCACAGGAAAUCAUUCACACACUUUCGCAACAAAUCCAACGGGCUCAGGUGAAGAUUAUAUGCCACCAUUUGUGACUGUAUUCGCAUGGUACCGCGUUCAAUGA